AUGGCUGCUUCUCUAAACGAUCAAGGUCUUGCUCUUCUCUCCUUUAAGCAAUCACUACAAAACCAGAAAGACUCUGUUUUCACCAAUUGGAACUCCUCAGAUUCAAACCCUUGUUUUUGGCAAGGCAUUACAUGUAAUGAUGAUAUGAGAGUUGUCUCGAUUCGUCUUCCCAACAAACGUCUUUCGGGUUCCCUUCAUCCUUCCAUUGGAAAACUCUUGUCCCUUCGUCACAUUAACCUCAGAGACAAUGAGUUUCAAGGGAAGUUACCUUUGGAACUCUUUGGACCAAGCGGGCUUCAAAGCUUGGUGCUUUCGGGGAAUUCGUUUUCCGGGUUGGUUCCACAAGAGGUAGGGAGGUUGAAGAGUCUGAUGACUUUGGAUCUUUCGGAGAAUUCUUUCAACGGUUCGAUCCCUUUGUCGGUUAUUCGAUGCAAGAAGCUGAAAACGCUUGUUCUUAGCAACAAUGGUUUCUCUGGAGAUCUUCCAACAGGGUUUGGUUCUAAUUUGGUUCAUCUGCGGACGCUAAACCUUUCUUUUAAUCACUUGACUGGAACGAUCCCCGAAGAUUUAGGAAGUUUGAGGAAUCUGAAAGGUAUUCUUGAUCUUUCUCAUAACUUCUUCUCAGGUAUGAUUCCAACAAGUCUUGGAGAUCUCCCGGAGCUUCUGUAUGUCGAUGUUUCUUACAACAAUCUCAGCGGUCCAAUACCGAAAUCCAACGUUCUGUUGAAUGCCGGUCCAAAUGCUUUCCAAGGGAAUCCUUUCCUCUGUGGAUUACCCAUAAAGGUUUCUUGCAACACAAGAAACACAGAUAUAGUUCCUUCUCAACUAUAUUCAAGAAAAGCCAACCAUCAUUCUAGAUUAUGCAUCAUCCUUACAGCCACCGUAGGCACAGUCUCCGGAAUCGUUUUUCUUGCUUCAUUAAUCAUCUACUAUCACCGAAAAGCAUCAGCUCGUGCAGACAAAGAUCAGAAUAACCGAAAAUGUCAUUUCGAGGAGGAACUGAAGAAGACAAAGCAAGAGUUUCUCUGUUUCAAGAGUGGGAACUCAGACCCUGAAGCGUUAGAUGAGAACAAAGCUCAACAGGUUUUCAUACCAAUGGACCCGGAAAUCGAAUUUAACCUCGAUCAGCUUCUGAAAGCCUCGGCUUUUCUCCUCGGAAAGAGCAGGAUCGGGAUUGUGUACAAGGUUGUUCUUGAAAACGGGUUAAUGCUAGCCGUUAGAAGACUGGAAGAUAGAGGUUGGCUAAGGCUAAAAGAGUUUCUUGCUGAUGUCGAAGCAAUGGCGAAAAUCAAGCACCCGAAUGUCUUGAAUCUCCAAGCUUGUUGCUGGUCUCCAGAAGAAAAACUCCUGAUCUAUGAUUACAUACCGAACGGCGACCUUGGUUCUGCAAUUCAAGGUAGACCUGGUAGCUUGUCCUGCAAGCAACUGUUUUGGCCGGUCCGGUUAAGAAUAUUGAGAGGAAUUGCAAAAGGACUGACUUACAUUCACGAGUUCAGUUCCAAAAAAUACGUCCAUGGACAUAUAAACUCCAGCAACAUACUUCUCGGACCGAAACUUGAACCGAAAAUUUCAGGUUUCGGUCUUGGGCGUAUCGUCGACAUGUCUGCUUCAGAGAUAAGAUCGGAUCAAAUCUCUCCGAUGGAGACAAGCUCACCAAUCAUCUCUAGAGAAUCGUAUUACCCGGCUCCUGAAGCUUCCAAGAUGACCAAACCGUCUCAGAAAUGGGACGUCUAUUCAUUCGGUUUAGUGGUACUCGAACUGGUAACCGGUAAAUCUCCGGUUAUGCAGACGAAUAGUUCAGAGACGGAUUUGGUUAUGUGGGUUGAAUCGGCUAGUGAGAGAAAUAAACCGGUUUGGUAUGUUCUUGACCCGGUUUUAGCUCGAGAUAAAGAAAUGGAAGAAAGUAUGGUUCAAGUGAUCAAGAUCGGUUUAGCUUGUGUACAGAAGAUCCCAGAUAAACGACCACUGAUGAGAAAUGUCUUUGAGAGCUUCGAGAAAUUGGUAUCUUCGAUUUAA